AUGUCUGCUGUAAGAAAACAAAAUACUCGUGUUCAGAAAAUUCCUGAAGUAAGUAAAGAAUUCGUAGUGGAGAAAAUUCUUGCAAGGCGCAUGCGCAAAAGAAAGGUACAAUACUAUCUGAAAUGGAAAGGCUUUGAAGAAACUGAGAAUAGCUGGGAAUCAGAGGAGAAUUUGAAUUGUAAAGGUUUGAUACGCAAUUUUGAAGAAAAUAGAGCCAAAGAAAGAUCAAAGUUAAACUCCAAUACAGACCCUAAAAGAAGUUUGAGCUUAAGGACGCGUAAAACGUUGAGUACGGAAACAGUAGAGGCAGCAAAGAGUCCUUUGGAAGAAACUAAAAGUGAUGAAACAGAUAAAGAAAAUGCUGAGGAAAUUGAAACAAAUUUAAUAAAAUCUUCAAAUGCCAAGGUAGAGGAACAACAAGUUAAAUUAAAUAAAACCAAAGAAGAGGAAUCAGCAAAGAAUGAAAAAGCUGUGAUACCAGAUACUCGAAUAACAUCUUCAGAAACUGAACUAAAUAAGGAAGUGACACAAACUAGCGAAGUACCAGCAGAACCUGUAGAAAAAUCCAAAUCAUAUGAAAUUAUAAAUGAUAAAUUAUUUGUUACCGAUUUUCUUACCAGACCCUGCGUACAAAAUGGUUUUGAAAAAGGUCUCGAGGUGGACAAAAUACUGGGAGCCACCAAGGCUAACGGUUGCCUAUAUUUAGUUGUUAAAUUUCAAGGAGAUGAUGAGCCCCAUAUGAUAAAGUCCGAAGAAGCUAAUGAAAAAAUUCCUCAAAUGGUAAUCAAAUUCUAUGAAGGCUGCCUGUCGUGGGAUUCAGAUGAUGAGGAGGAAUAA